CCUGGUUUUCAGGUCUCCGUUUCUGAACGUUCUCCUGCUCCGUCCUGCUCCCCUCCUGCCGGUAAAUGCCCCCCCUGCUCCUCGGGGCGCUGCAGCGGAGCGCGUGCACGAGAGAGGAGCUGCAGGAGUGAGGAGCGAACAUCUUCACGUUUUUCUCCUCGGACACCUUCAGCCACAGAGAUGAAGACCAUCCUGGCUGCGCACUCUGGAGUGCUCAGAGGCACUGGCACUGGCAUCCUCUCUGCCCUGCAGAACCUGCCUGCUGCUCUUUGGCCCUGCAGAUCCAAGAUGGAAAAGCACCUGCAAGUCAUCUCUGUGAUGCAGUGGGUCCUGUCCUUCUUAGCCCUCGGUGCAGUGUGCACUGUCCUGCUAAUCUACGUGUUCUGCACUGACUGCUGGCUUAUCGCUGCCAUUUACACUGCCUGGCUUAUCUUUGACUGGAACACCCCAAAACAAGGUGGCCGAAGGUCCUCCUGGGUGAGGAACUGGACAGUGUGGACCUACUUCAGAGACUACUUUCCAGUCCAGCUCAUUAAGACGCACAACCUGCUUCCCAGCCGGAACUAUAUAUUUGGCUACCACCCACACGGCAUCUUUUGUUUUGGCGCUUUCUGCAACUUUGGGACAGAAGCCACAGGCUUCUCACAGAAGUUUCCAGGCAUCAAACCCUCCCUUGCAACACUGGCAGGAAACUUCCGGUUCCCUAUUCUUCGAGACUACCUCAUGUCUGGAGGUAUCUGUCCAGUGAACAGGAACUCCAUUGACUACCUAUUGUCGCAUAACGGGACGGGAAACGCCGUGAUCAUCGUUAUUGGUGGAGCCGCAGAGUCUUUGAAUUGUGCUCCAGGCAUAAAUUCCGUAACCCUGAAGAAUCGUAAAGGUUUUGUGAGGCUGGCCCUCCAAAAAGGGGCCGACCUGGUUCCCGUGUACUCCUUUGGGGAGAAUGAUGCUUACAAGCAGGUGAUGUUUGUGGAGGGGAGCUGCUGGAGAGCACUCCAAAAGAGGCUGCAGACUCUUGGAUUUGCCCCAUGCCUUUUUCAUGGAUGUGGCCUCUUUUUUACGAACUCAUGGGGCAUCGUGCCUUAUUGCAACCCGAUCACCACCAUUGUUGGAGAACCAAUCACAGUGCCACAAAUUGAGGACCCUACUGAUGAUGUGGUGGAUACAUAUCAUGGGAUGUAUAUCAGGUCUCUCCAGUGCCUUUUUGACAAGUACAAGACAUGUUUUGGCAUGAAAGAGACUGAUGUCCUGUACAUCCAGUGAAAGAAGGUGACUUCACAUGGAACCCUCUGGAGGUGAACACUCAGGCAGCAUCCUGAACGUGGCCUUCCUGUCGCUGUUUUACCCUCUCCAUCCAGCCUUGGUGUGGCUUAUCUCUGGACUGCGGAUUCUACAUGAAUACUAACGAUUCUGUAUCAUCUGACACAAGUGUUACUACUCACCAGGAUUUGGCAGAUUUGAAGAAGUGGUCUGAGAACAGUCUUGGUCCCUAUUCUCAGGUUAAAUAGAUUUGACUGCAUGGGCAGCAUAAACUGAAUACCAAAACCAGAUGUGUGUCCUUUUUUGUUUUCCUAUUGUUAUUUUCCAUCUCGUGGCUGUAUCCCCUACUGCAAGGGGAUACAGCCACAAGAUGGCGGUGUGAUGUAACAUACAGGACUUGAGACGUGUCAAGGAUCUUUCUCUAAUGCUUUUAUUAUCCUUAAUACCUACAAAAGUAUUCGC